UAUAUAUAUAUAUAUAUAUAUAUAUGAAAUUAGGAGUCGGUUUUUAAAAGUACAGGAAUAUUUAUACUUGCAACUUUUUAGUCGUGGAUCAUCUCAAAAUAUGUACACUAUUAUUAAUAGUGUGUUCUAUUAAGUUUUUUUUAUUAUUGCUGAACGAAUUUUAAGGUUAGGCUAAAAAAUUACAAGAACGUUGAGGCUUUUAAUUAAUUAGUAUGAUUUUGCUUGCCGCCGCGUACAUCUUGCACUGCAUCUUAAACUGCGUGUGUAGUUCAGAAUCUUUCAGAUCAGAAACGUGAGAGACAGACGACACAGAAUGGAGAAUCAAGGGCCGCCGCCGCCGCCGCCGUAUCCGCCGCAAUCGGCGGCAGCAGCUGAACAUGCAUGUGCAGGUGCAGGGCAGCAGCAGCAGCAGUUGCAGAUGUUCUGGAGCUACCAGCGGCAGGAGAUGAUGUCGUCGGCGCUGGCGGCGUCGGACUUCAAGAACCACCAGCUGCCGCUGGCGCGGAUAAAGAAGAUCAUGAAGGCGGACGAGGACGUGCGCAUGAUCUCGGCGGAGGCGCCGGUGCUGUUCGCCAAGGCCUGCGAGCUCUUCAUCCUCGAGCUCACCAUCCGCUCCUGGCUCCACGCCGAGGAGAACAAGCGCCGCACCCUCCAGCGCAACGACAUCGCUGCCGCCAUCACCCGCACCGACGUCUUCGACUUCCUCGUCGACAUCGUCCCCCGCCCCGGCCCUGACGAUCCCCCCCCGAAAGACGACGCCGACGCCGCCGCCGCCGCAGCAGCAGCAGCAUCCCACGCGCUAUCUCCGGUCGGAUUCGUCGGCGCCGGACUGGCAGCAGCAGCAGCACCAGGGGUGCCGUACUACUAUCCACCGCCGCAGGGGAUGAUGAUCGGGCAGCCGGCCGUGCCGGGGAUCGACCCGACGGCUUACGCCCACCGGCCGGCUGCAGGGGCGCCCGGGACGGCGCAGGGAUGGCCGCCGGUGUGGCCGCCAGGCGCGGCAGAGGACGGCGGAUACGGCAGGGGACAGGAAGUGUAUGUUGGGCAUUCCCCUACUAAUACUACUACUAGUGCAGCUACUCCACCUCCAGGUUCUUAAUCUUCUUACUGGAGCGACGAAUUCGGUCCAGACUUAGAACAAAACUUCAGCGAGGAGCUUCCCACACCAGCAUGGACGCCAGCUGCAUGUGAAAUGUUAUGUUAUGAUUUAAGUACAAAUUUUAAAAACAUUUAGGAGCUUGUCGACGAAGUUUUGUUCCUAUUAAAUUGGGUUUCUGUUGUUGUUUCGCAUUUCUAACUAGCAUCCGUGCAUGCACGAGCAUGCGCAUUUUUCAUUCUGAAAGAAAUUUGGGACUGAUUCUCCUUUCAUUCA